AUGACGACGAGCCGGCAGUUUGACGCAAAAACGUACGACACACUGACCAACCAGGACACCAACCCGUUCGCCGACAAACGCUCGCCAACGAUCGAGGAAGAGGACACACCGCAGGUGAUACACGUCGUGCCGGAGACCAGUAAAGCACGAUGGAACCAUAUAGAGGAUUUGGAUUCGUUUUUCACCCGCGUCUACAUCUACCACCAGAAGCAUGGGUUUUACGUGAUGAUGCUGCAGAAGCUGUUCGAGCUGUUCCAGUUCGUGUUUGUCGUGGUGCUGAUCACGUACAUGUUCAACUGCAUCGACUAUGCGAUCCUGUUUCGUGACAAAAUCAUCGACCAAGAGUCGAAGGUUUCGCUCGGCGAUGCCAUGAUCGGUGUGUCGGAGUGUGCCGCCAACCUCGGCGCCUUCCAGUGGAUGGCGCUAGUGCUGGCCGGUUUGUUUUGGACGUUUCGGUUGUUUAAAUUCUUCUAUCAAUUUUUCCAAUUUUGGGACAUUAAAAUGUUCUACAACACGGCGCUCAAGAUCGAGGAUGCCGAUCUAGACAAUCUAACGUGGCACGAGGUACAAAAGUGCAUCCGAGAAGUGCAGUCCGAGAUUCAGAUGAGCAUCAACAAGGAGCAACUGACUGAGCUAGAUAUUUAUCAUAGAAUAUUAAGAUUUAAAAACUAUAUGGUAGCAAUGAUGAACAAAUCGCUGCUACCUGCCACCACCAAGCUGCCAUUGCUAGGAAACGUAGUGCUAAUGAGUCAAGCGCUCCGCUACAACAUAGGACUAAUACUGUUCUGGGGACCAUGGUCACCGUUCGAGAACAGCUGGCACCUGCGGGAGGAGUACAAGCGGCCCAGCAUGCGGAACGAGCUGGCGGCAAAACUGUCGAAGCAAAUUUUGUGGGUCGCCAUAGCCAACUUUAUACUCUCGCCGUUCAUCUUCAUCUGUCAGCUAAUGUACUUCUUCUUCAACUAUGCCGAUUUGAUCAAAAAAGAGCCCGGCACGCUGGGUGUACGCUGCUGGUCACAGUAUGGCAAACUGUACCUGCGCCAUUUUAACGAACUCGACCACGAGCUGGACGCGCGACUGACCCGCGCUUACCGACCGGCGGUAAAAUACAUGAACUCGUUCUCUUCACCACUGCUUACCGUAAUAGCAAGAAACAUCGCCUUCGAUGCUGGAGGUGUCGCGUCCCUUAUCCUGCUGCUGGCUAUCUACGACGAGGACGUGUUUCAGGUGCAGCAUGUGCUCACGCUCUUCACGAUUCUGGGCAUGAUCAGCGUUAUUGCGAGAUCACUUAUACCGGACGAGAAUAUGGUGUGGUGUCCGGAGCAGCUGCUGCGAAACGUGUUAGCCCAUGUGCACUAUCUACCCUCAGUCUGGCGUGGCCAUGCCCACAGUUCGGUCGUGCGUGAUCAGUUUGAACUGUUCUUUCAGCUGAAAAUUAUGUACAUUUUGAAUGAACUGUUCAGCCCGCUCGUUGCACCGUUUGUGCUGCUGUACGAUCUGCGCCCGAAAUCGCAACAGUUGGUCGACUUCUUCCGCAACUUCACCGUGGACGUGGUCGGUGUCGGGGACGUGUGUUCCUUCGCCCAGAUGGACGUCCGCAAGCACGGCAACCCGGACUGGCAGAUACCGGUCGUGGCGGACGAUAAGGACAGUGAGAGCGAAACGCCGCUCAUAUCGCCCGACGACGGUGGUGGUGCCCGGGUACCACCACCACCAGCGGGACCAACAGUGCGCCCUGCCGGUGCUGGUGCCGGUGCUGCGGCGGCACAGUACAAUCAGGGCGAGCACGGCAAAACCGAACUGUCGCUCGUCCACUUCACCCUUACCAAUCCCACCUGGCAGAUGCCGCCGGAAGCGAAACAGUUCGUGCAGGGCAUCAAGCGGCACGCGCUGCACGAUCUGAACCGGCAGCGGGGCAUGAUGCUCGGCCUGCACAACCCGACCGCGAUGGGCCAGAGCCUGCUGUCGGUGGAAAGCAUGGGCGCGGAGUACUCGUCCAUCAUACAGCCGAUCCUGCAAACACACAACCUUUCCAACUCGCAGCAUCUGGGCCUGUCGAUGCAUCUCGGUGCCGGUGGGUUCGGUUCGCCCGUACCACCGAUGACGCCCGGCUACGGGCCGGCGGGCAUGAUGCCAUCGACCGUGCAGCAGCAGCCCGCGCCUCAACACGGUGGUGCAGGUGUGCAAUCCUCCCACCAGUACCAUUUCGGGCCACAAUCGUACGAUUUUGAGCGUAUGCUGCAGCAAAACCUAACCGACGCGAGCACGGUAGCGCCGAACAUGCCGGCACGCAGCACCUUCCUGGCGGACAUUCAUGAGAAUGACGAUGAAACUGCGGGUGCACCGCCCGCGCUGAUGCCGGAAGUGCUGCAGCCCGGCAUCGAUCAGACGGCUCCUGCGGCGAUGGGAGUGGAUCCAGAGCUGGAGGAGGGCAGCCGCUACGCUGCUACGUACGCCACCGACGGGAUGGUGUAUAGUACGCGUGGCGGAAUGUCCCGACGGGAGGGACCGGCCGGAGGAUCGCGCACGGGAUUACUUUCGAGUCUCUAUGGCGAGCUGCCCACGAAUGUACCGGCACCGUACGAAUUUACGACGGCCGACAUGUGUCUUAGUACGCUGUACCUGCACGAGUUGCAUCACAAUCAUUUGCGACGUCACGGUGGUAGCUUGAGGCUAGAUAUGGGCUCACCACCACCACCGAGCGGUUCGGCCCAGCGUCCCACCACCACGUUCGCGUCCCGGUUUAUGGGACCGGGAGGGAUUCGCCCGUUCGGUACAGUUGCUCAACCCUCGCUAGUCAGCCAUCCGUUGCGUACGAUUGCGCCGGGUAUUAUCGGUGGUGGUGGCGGUGAAGCCACCGCGGGCCCUUCCGGUUCGCUGGAAGCCGGCAGCAGCAGCCGUUCGAUGGGAGGUUCGGCUGCCGCCGAACGAACGCCGCUGCUCGGUAGCAAAAAGUCAUAGCACCGGGCGGAGUGGGUCUAACGGAGCGCGGCAAAUGAUGCUUAGCCAGGAGCAAGGGUAGUAGCAGUAGGGGUUAAAGGUUGAACUUAAGGUGCGAGUGCGAGUGUGUGUGUUAGUACCGGUGGAAUGGAAAGGAAUGAAUGUGAUUUGCCUGUACUGUUGUCGUCUCCAAUCGUGUGUUAGGCCAGAGUUUACUGUGGAACUGGAAAAGUGAUAAAGGCAUACUGAGCUAGCAAAUACUACUACCAAUCGUCGUGUGCGUCAAAACGUAACGAUCGAAACACAACGAAGAGAGUACUAUUCAAAGUGAAUAGUUUGAUGCCAACGUUGGGCGUGCUAUUGUAAAUAAGGUGUUACUCCAAGACGGUUCGUAAACCAUUUUUUUUUCAAGGCAACUACUACUACUAAAGAAUGCUAAAUCUGGGAUCAACGGUAGGUAAACCGGGAGAAAGCAAAAUUAAACAAAAAACGCAUGAUUGAGUAUUGCUUGUACUACUACCACGCUGCCGUUGGUAAAGGCUUCUCUGAAAGAUGAAGGCCACUUUUAACGUACCAUCAUCAUCAUCCCCACUGCCCCGCUGUGUGUGUGUGUAAAAUGAUAGCCAAAUGGAUCGAGUUGCGCGUGAUAUAAUAAGAAAGGCAGCAUAUAAGAAAGGGGAAAGCUCCAUCGAGUAAAGCGACAUUCGAAAAGCUUCGUGUGAAAAGCUGUUUUUAAUGCGAUGUUGUGUGAUUUCAUCUUUUGAUCUUUAAGCAUAACUCUAUAACUCACGCGACGCAAAGUGAAACUCUGUGAAUGGCGACGAUACCGCGAUAAGUUUGUUAAAAGCAUCAAAUAAACUUAAUACGUUUUCAA